UACACAGGAAACAAUCUGAGAAGCUGCGCGGCAAACACCCAAACAUGAUCAGUCAGAGGUACCCUGUGCAAGUGAGGCUCAUCGGGGUCAUGCAAAACAAAAAUAAUAAAAGAUUUAUGACAUCGGUCCUGUGGUCAGAUCAAAAUGACAUUAUUGUCUACAGAAAGUUUGAAGAUUUCAGAAAACUGCACAAGCAACUUCAGAAGCAGUUUCUCGUGGAGCGUGAAUUCGGCAGGAAGUCGGAGGGAGUUCUUCCAAAAUUUGAAGAUGUUCCUAAUAAAAGGCUGCGGAAGAAACCCCAUUGUAAAUCAAUGCUCAGGCUGAAAUUGCUGGAUAAGUACUUCACGGCACUGAUGGAACUGGAGCCCAAGAUCUCCCAGUGCAAUGACGUCAUCCAGUUCUUUAUACCGCAGAAUCAGGACUUGGAGCCUUCGUUUCCAAAAAACAGCAUUGUCAUCAUGCCAUCUGAAGUCGACCAGGAGGUUGCAGAAGUCAUGAACAAAGAUACAAAACGUCACAGUGCAGGGAGCAUCACAGAGCCUUUCGUCGCGGAAACAUACAUGUGUGUGGGCUCCUACGAGACAAAGGACACCAAGAACAGACCCUUUAAAGUCAACGUUGAGGAAACUGUAGAUGUUCUACUCAAAGACCCAGCAGGGUGGUGGCUGGUGGAAAAUGAGGAGAAGCAUAUUGCCUGGUUCCCAGCUCCGUAUCUGGAGAAAUGCUGUGACCCAGAGUAUGAUGAUACGACUGAUGGCAUUCCAGAAGAAGGAAUUCGGUACUAUUCAGCCAGAGCUUAUGAAGCCAAAAACAUGGACGAACUGUCACUAGACAUCAGGGUUGUUGUGGAAGUCCUCCAAAAGUCUGACAACGGCUGGUGGUUAAUUAGGUACAAUGGAAAAGCUGGAUACGUGCCUUCCAUGUAUCUCCAGCCCUACAAAAACCCUCACCAGAAAUUCCAGAUUCAAUCUAUGAAUCUAUACCGACCUGGAAGUCCCCCAGGAAACCUUCUCGCUGUUAAAAAUCUCAGCUGCUCUCAAACAUCACUCGAGCCUUGCCCAGUUGUCAAACGGAAGCUUCUGCCUUUGGACCGACACAAAUCAAGGUCUCUGAGCUUCCUUUCGCCCCCAGUGGUCACCAUCAAUGACCACGAUGCAGGCAGUUCCGCAAAGCUUCAAAGCAGGAUGGACAGCAUCAGCGACGAGAGUGAAGACAGUUUGAAUUUCAGCUACAGCUUCAGGUCCUCUAGAGAUUCCGCAGUGUCACCAAAAAGUGAUUUUCUCAGCGGGAGUCAAACAGACAUGGCAGAGCAGCCCCAGAGAAGCAGUAACACACCUGUAGUAAUCACACACAGGCGAGGUUCAGACUGUGUGGAUGUAGCUCAACAGUUACCCAGCAGGAACUCCGAUCCAAACCUAUUCAAGAGCUCUUCUAUGCCCAAGAUGCCUCCACGGCCCAAUGUUCGGGAAAUAUUGUCACGGUGCACGACAAUCACCAAGAAGACGGCAAUGAGAUUGAGCCCGGGUUCCAAACCCGCCGUGGUGCAAGAUCGUUAAGAGAGACUUUUCAGGAAUUUUAUUUAAAUGUGCAGCACAAACUGGAAGUAAAAAUAGUAGAAUUGUAUCUACUUUAUAUUUAACUUGUUUUUUGUUUUUUUUUUUAAAUUUAGUCGUCGCCAAUUAUUUUUACCCCGGUUUUCACCACAAUUUAGAAUGCCCAAUUAUUAUCUGUAUCCCCGGCUCACCGCUCGCAACCCGCCCGCCGACUCAGGAAACGGAGGCUGAAACACGCGUCCUCCGAAACGUGCUCCUUCCAAGCCGUCAUUUUUCGCACUGCAGAUCCACAGCAAUGCUACCAGACCUAUAGUGCCGGAGGACAACACAGAUCUGGCGGCUCCGCUGCAGAGCCACAGGCGCCCUAUCGGCCACAGGGGUCGCUGAUGCGCGGUGAGCCGUGGAGUCCCCUGCCGACCUAAGCCCACCCUACCCGGGCAGCGCUCAGCCAAUUGUGCGCCGCCCCCUAGGAACUCUCGGUCACGGUCAGCUGUGACAUAGCCUGGAUUCGAACCAGCGAUCUCCAGGCUAUAGGGCACAUCCUGCGAGGAGCGCCUUUACUGGAUGCGCCACUCGGGAGCCCUAUAAUAUUUAACUUGUAAUAUACACAAGACAUCCUUCUUGGCUUCAACCCCUAGUAACUUCAUUCUUAGCAGUAAUACGAGAAUGGAUGUAAUAAACUGCAUUGUAAGUUGAAUUUUUUUCAACGUUAUAUCAAAUAUUUUUAUUUUUAAAAUACAAAUACUUUAUCUGUACAGUGCAAAGUGCCGACACAGAGCGAAUCUUCAUCACUGAUCUAAAAAUAAACUAUUUUUAGAUCAGCAAGCUCCAUCUAUCAACAUGUGUCCGGUUUAUGAAACCAGACCGCUGCUAUUAAUAUAUCCCAGCUGCACCUCCAAAGCAGUACAAUGGGUUGUGCUGUGAUUAACGCAAGCGCUAGCUUCAACAUAUGUUGCCAAGUUUGUGUUUCUAAAAACAAACAAACAACAACAACAUUCAGUCAGGUGUCCAAACGAAUCUAGACGAGAGAGAGAGAGAGAGAGAGAGAG